UAUAACUAUAAAAUACUAUUGAUACUAUUAUAAACCAAAUCAACCUUGUUUGUUAUAAAAUAAGGUCUGCCUUUACAUCUGGCCCCCCCAAAAAAACUCUUACCUGUUGACCUUUUGCAAUAAUAUAUUGUUAUUAACAUGGCUCAAUCACAUUCACAUACGCACACACAUUCCGGUCGAGGAAGGCAUGCUACUACUACACAUGAAAAUGGAGCCGUCACUCAGGAGCGCUAUCAAAAACUUAAACGCAAGGUUCGCGACAUGCAAAAUGAAUAUGACAAACUAACUAAAGAACUUGAAAGAUCUCGCAAAAGAAUCAAAUCCUUGAAGAAAGAAAAAGAAUUGCUUCUAGAUCGCAUUAGUCAAUAUGAAGAUUCUGAUAGUUCUGAUUCUGAAAAAUCUGUAGAACUUUCUUCUGAAGCUACGUCAGAUUCUGACGGUUCGUCUGCGCAACAUUCUCAAGCUUCUUCCGUUCGCCCAAUCAAAAAAGCACGCGGUCGCCUAUCUACAAAAAAGCUUUCUCCUCCAACACCCGCUAAUAACAUCGUUAAUUCGGUCCCCAUUACUCAUCCAUCUGGCAAGGUUCCCAAGAAGCGUGCAAGCAAGCGCCCAUUGAAUGCAAAGACAAUGAAAGUUCAACACGUUGAGCAAGAUGAAAACGGCAAUUAUAAACUUCCUGUACAAAUAGGCAUAUUAACUGUGUUGAAUCUCGGAACAGUAGUUUAUGACCGUGAUACUUUCCAUAAUGAAAGGUAUAUUUGGCCUGUCGGAUAUGCCGUCAAAAGAGCUUAUAAUAGCAUGAUCAACUCCAAGGCACAGACGAUGUACGUUUGCAAAAUUGAAGAUGGUUUGGAAAACCCAAAGUUUGUUAUCGAGGCAGAGGAUCAGCCUAACAAGCCAAUUAUAGCUAACACGGCGACUGGUGCCUGGACUACUGUCGUUCGUGAAGCCAAUGCAAUUCGUCAACGUGAUCACUCAAAUUCAGCUUCUGGGCCUGAUUAUUUCGGCUUUUCGCAAGCCACUAUCAGAAAAAUGAUACAAGACUUACCAAAUGCUCAUAAAUGCAAAAAUUACGUGAUGCAAAACUUUGAAGUCAUGAAAAACAGAGUCGCUGGCGGACGACGCCGUGGAGCGGGAGCUCGAGCAAAUGGAAAUGCCAAAAAUGGCACUGUUGAAUCCCCCGCCUCUGUCAACGUACAGUCGCGUGAGGAGAAUGGAGUUGAAACUGGCAGCAGUGUCGGUGAUGGAGACGUGGUAAUGUCUAAUUCAGGAGAGGGAGAGGGAGAGGGAGAGGUGGAGUUGGAAAGUGAAUAAGUUUUUUCCUUUUCUUUUGCUUAAAAAAAAAAAUUUUUUUUAAAUUCUAUUUUUUUAUGCCACAUAAAAAGUUCGCGCAUUUCGGCUUGCCGAAUGUGUUGAAACAUUUUUUUGCUACAGUAUAUGUAAAGUUUAUUUUAAAAUACCAUAAAAAUUACGUUUAUAAUUUUUCUUUUUAUCGCACAUAUUAGAUUUUGUAGAAUUUAUACAUGGUUAAUUUGUUUUAUACAUUUUAUACAUAUGGUGGCCUGGGUCAAAGUUAAUGGGUUGACAAGUAAUAAUUGAAAAAAAACCAUUUAUUUUAUUUGCUGGUGGAGGUUGAUCAUCAAACAUUUCAUUUUCAAUAAAUAUUGAUUAUUGUAUUUUUUAUAUUUCACCUAAUAUUUCAAUUUAAUAAGAGUAUUAAUUAUCAAAUGUCGGGGUGUCAAUUGUAUUUCUCGUAUAUU